UCCAUUCAUUCGCUAGCAAGCAACAUUACACUACCGACCGCGUCGCCGAGUUGGGUCGUUUUGUGACCGAAGGUGAACCCCUCUAUGCAAAGUGAAUCAUCAAUGUUUUCUGAUCGUCGCGUUGAUCGGUUGCGAUUGGAUGGACGCUCCGUAGUGGCCACUCGGCGAGACCGUCAGUGACUUCUAUGCGUGGGUCAGCUGGCAGUGAAGGAAGAAAGUGAAUUAAUUUCAUUGACUUGGUGAAUUUGUUAUCUGUAUACGUAGUAUUGAAGUGUCACAAGUGUGCAAUUACGAACAACAAAACAACGUUAGACCCAGAGGGAAGCAUUCAUUGGAACACGCAUUUUGAAUAAAAAAGUAAUUAGAAAGUGUAGGUUUUGGGUAAUUUGGAACCUGAUAGAAACUGGUUUUGUCUAGCGGUGCAAAAGUUGGUAAACAGGAAUCUCGAGGACGUCAACCGUGCAGAAGUAAUUCUAGCCAUAGCAAACGAGAAAUUCGAAAUGAGGUAACCGAUAUCGAACUCCAAAGAAGACUGAUGAGAAUUGAAGCCUUGCCGAAAAACUCACUACAAUGAGUGGAAUUCAGAACGACGCAUUCGAUCAUGAUGUGAAUGGCAUGCAGAUAUCCCAUCGUAAAAGCGGCACUCCAACAAACAAUGAGAUGCCCGAACUACUUCCACCACAUCCAACGGAACCGAAACCCGCAGCCAGAAUAUUGGACAAAAUUAAUCGGAUACUGCACGAUAACAAGGCACACAUUCGGAUAGCGUGGAUUGCGGCACUCAACGCGGCGGUUAUCGUGUUUUUCGGUUUUGCCACUAAUCACUACAUCGAGAAAGAGGAAAAAUGCAGAAAAGACUGCGGCAUGCAGUGGUGCGAUGGCUACGGAAUGCUGAUUCUGCUCCUCGGAGCGAUCUACCUCGGUCUGGUGUACUUUCAGAUACUGAAACCACUAACAGGGAAAGCUUUCUCGCGGUUCAUCGCUGAACCAUCGACGAGGUUUAUGCGUGGCCUGUUCGAAAGCUUAUAUGCCAAACUUGUAGCAGUUGGAGUAGUUCUGGUGGCGUUUGCCUUGUUCUGUUUCUUCGAGACCCAGGACGAACCGGAACGAUUGAUGUCACUGGUCGGCAUGGUAACGCUGUUCCUAAUCGCUUUUCUAUGUUCCAAGAAUCCGACAAGGAUCAACUACCGCCCGGUGAUAUUGGGAGUGAUCUUUCAGUUCCUGCUGGGUUUGUUCUGCAUUCGCUGGGAUGUCGGACGAAGUAUAUUCAGCUGUAUCGGUGAUAAGGUAGCAACCUUCCUAAACUACUCGGCGGAUGGAGCGGAAUUCGUCUACGGUCAGUUCAUUGUCCGCCAGGAAGCAGUGUUCGCUUUUGCCGUACUAUCUGUGAUAUACUUCUUUAGUUUCUGCAUCUCAAUCUUGUACUACUUGGGAGCGAUGCAGUGGGUCGUGCUGAAGCUCGGCUGGAUUCUGCAGAGCAUUCUGGGGACAACGGUUUGUGAAAGUGUUAUCUCGGCAGCCAACAUGUUUCUCGGGAUGAGUGAGUCUCCCCUGUUGAUCCGGCCGUACAUAAAAGACUUGACUCACUCGGAGAUACACGCCAUUAUGGCUUCCGGGUUCGCAACUGUGUCGGGUACGGUUCUGGCAGCGUACAUUUCAUUUGGAGCAGAGCCGGCUCAUCUCAUUACGGCUAGUGUGAUGGCUGCCCCUGCCGCGCUAUGUUUUUCCAAGAUAGUCUAUCCGGAAAUGGAAGAGAGCAAGACACGGUCAGAUAACAUUCAGAUGGAGAAAUCAACCGACUCUUCUGUACUGGAUGCGGCCUCGAAUGGUGCCAGUAUAGCUACCGCCCUGGUUCUCGGAAUUAUUGCCAACCUGAUAGCAUUCGUGUCUUUCAUCGCAUUCCUGAACGGAAUUUUGAGCUGGCUUGGUCUUCUUGUGGGCAUUGAAGAUGUUACGCUAGAAAACAUCUUCGGAACCAUCUUCCGUCCGUUGGCCUUUGUAUUGGGUGUACCUUGGGACGAGAGCUACUACGUAGGAAAACUAAUCGGUACAAAGACGAUCGUCAACGAGUUCGUUGCCUACCAACGACUAGGAGAGUUCAUCAAGGAGAAAUGGUUAUCGCCUCGUUCGGCAGCGAUUGCUACGUACGCAAUCUGCGGAUUUGCCAAUCCCAGCUCUCUGGGUAUAUUGAUCGGUUCACUCAGUGCCAUGGUGCCAGAGAAGCGCAGCGUGUUCACGGCGGUUGCCUUCCGAGCGUUUAUCACCGGUUCGAUCGUGUGCUUCAUGACCGCCAGUAUAGGGGGAUUACUCAUGGAUGCGAACAUAUUCAACAACUUUGGGAAAUUAGUCGACCAAGUGGUACUCAAUACGACUGUCGUUUGAAUUAUAGCUAGUCAAAGAUGUAGCAUGUAAUGAUUAAUUUUAAGCUGAAAAUAGUAGGUAAA